AUGGCGAUUCUUCUGAAGAAAUUUGAAGAUGAAAGUUCUAGAGAGGUCUUAAGAUCAACAAUUCCAAAACCAAAUGCUGGUGGUUGCACCGCCGAGAUACACCCCAAAGCUGGCAUGGCUAAGAGUGCUGUGGCUAAGGCUAACCUCGACAAGAUCUGGAAGAACAGAGCAAAUACUGCAGUGCAGUGCGAUGCGCGCUUGGAAUCGGACGCGCUUCACUGCAUAAUAUCGAAUAAUAUAUUUAUUCGCGAUCGGCGUGACUUAGGUCGCUGCCCCGUAUUUUUUUUCGCGAUGGGUUCACAACAACUCAUAGCGAAUGAGUUACUGGCGUUUGUACAGAAUGCCAUAGACACCAUGGACGAAGUCAGCAUCAGGCAGAUCUGCAAAUCGAGUUUCAAUGAAGACGACAUUUGCAGUGGCAAGGCGCUGCUCUUCCAGACGCUCGGCAAAACUGACCAGAUGCCAUCCCGUCGGAGGGAUGGGGGUGUGAAGAGUCUCCAGGACAUAAUCAAACUGUUCAAGGAGACCGAUCCAGACGACGUGCCUGCCUUCGUUGCGAAGCAGCUAGACCGGUUACCACCGGUUACCUUCGAUCACGUCGACGUCACCAGGCUGCUGAAGGACAUUACAUUCCUGAAGACGAGUCUGGCAGAAGUGCAGGCUAAGUUAGAGGUAUCUAAUAAUACCAUCAGUGAGCUACGUUCCGAAUUGGCAUUAUUACGUAGCGCAAGUUCGGAAUGUGGGUCAGAUACCUCUAACAUAGCCGUGUGUCACGUUGCGCGGAAUGUGUCUAUCGGCGGUUUAAAACCCGCGAAUUUGGAUGCGUCGGCGAUUGCUGACAAGGCGACCGCCAACCCGCGCCCCGCCGCCCGCCCGUCUACGUCACCGGAGACGCGCACGUCACGCGAGAGUACGUUAACCCCGGAACGUUCUUACGCUGCUACUGCCGCUAAGCCGCCUGCUGUGUCCAAGCCUAAGCAGCGGCCGAAGAAAGGGGCGCAGAGCCUUCGUGAACAUGUUCACAAGGACCAACAGCCGGCUCUAAGGGAGUCGCGAUGCGACGAAGAUGGUUUUAAAAAGGUGGAGAAGAGAAGGAAACCAGCUCGUCAGAACCAGUGCGGUACCGCACCGACCGGACCCAAUCAUUUGCUGCGUCCUGCAACACCGUCGACGCUGCUGUAUGUGUCCCGUCUACACUACCUUACGAAGGUCGAUGAUAUCGUAAAGUAUGUGAAAGUAAAAACCGGAUUCAUCCUGAGGGUCGCGAAGUUGGAAUCUCGACACAGUGCGAAUUUUAAUUCGUUUGUGGUGACCGUUCCGACUGAACAUCUAGCGACCUUCACCAAGGAGGAGUUUUGGCCGAAGGGUGUCAAGUUUCGGCGGUUCCGCGGCCGGUUCCCUGACACUGCGGGGUUGCGUAAUGCA